CAAAGCUGCAUCAAAGUUUUCGGCACAAACAACACAUAUGUCAGUCGGACAUUUCCGUUUGCACCACAAUGCACGGAUGAAUUUUUCAAUACCCAAACUGGCUCUCACGCACGUACGACAAGAUCAACGUGAAACUUCGUUAUUGAGACACCUCUAUAUCUGGGGAGACAGUGAGAAGUACAGAAAAUGGAUUUUAGGGGACGCGCGACGAAGGUUGCACCAAGACCUGAGCACUGCGAACGAGUUUUAUGAUGGUCAAACGAAGCGGAACAAAGCAUGCUGGUAGUGGUACAUUUACAGGACACCAAGUACAAAUUGACUACAAAACAUUUAGAUAUCGAAAGCCGAGCUCUGCCAGCCCGAAUUCUGCGACUCCAAAGAAGACUUCUCAUCAACUCGCUGCUUGAAAGACAGCACCCGAUUCUUUCCUUCCUGGACCGCACUCUGCGCGUCGACAGACUCGUUCUGAUCCCUGCGUUCGCCCCGGCUUUCCAAAGGCUGUGAGGCUGUAGCUAAGGGCCCAUGCUUGUCUCCGCUCAACACCUGAGGCUCGGCCCCCAUCGCGAACUUCUUGUCCGUCUCGGGGCCAUCCAGAACGAAUCCAGUGCCGGUCAGUCGAAGACCCAUCUUGCGACCGCGGACCAUGCGUCCGAUUUCUGACCAGAUUGCGCUGACGUAUGCAGCGCCACGACCCAUACCACUGUCCGUGAAGACAUCCGCCCGACGCGAUACAUCCCAUGCAAUGCCGUCCAGUGUUUCAAAGCCCAUCCGAAGCUGUUGGGACAGCGCACGGCUGAACGCUUCCCGGAAACGCUUCUUGAACAUGGGCUUCGCGAGCGCAAGCAAAAGUCGAUGGUUGCUUUCCCGCAGCGACAAUUUGAUCUUGUCGGAGAUGUUCACCUUCGAGACUUCGAUCUCGUGGUACCGCUGCUUCGACUCUCGAUCACGUGCUGAAGGAAUGAGUGCGAAUUUGAGCUCGAUGUCGAUUCCCUCGGGCGGCAUUUCCAUUCCGAGCAGUCCGUGGACCUGGCUGGGAACCAGCGCGCCUGAUUCGUUGUCUCUGUACCAGAAUGAGACGUCCUUGAGAGCCAACUGGACCGCUUGCAGAUGAAUGUGGGUGGAAAGGCCGAGCUUCGUUUGAUUGGGCCCAUCAGGGGAUGUUCGCACAUCCAUAUCCGUGGUGCUGCGAACGGAAAUGUGGGCGGGGUUGAGCUCGAAGGAGGAAAUAUCCAUGUUUUCGAGAACCAGCUCCAUCUCAUUGUCAGCAUAUUCUGUGCGCGGAAUGGGUAUGUCCUUGAGCAUCGAGAACAGCCGCUAUGGAGCGCAAUUUGAGCAACAAAAACCCACCAAACUUCAGUCAGACGCACCGGUGCAUAAGCGGAGAAGAGAUCUCGCCAGAACCAAACUGCGCUGUCCACCAUCGCUUGCAUGCCCAUGCCUGACUGUUCGCCAACAAUCCCUUGCGCAAGAUCCUUCGCCAGCUUGGCGUGGGUUUCCUGCAGACGCCUGACAUCUUCAUCGUUUGCCACGGCGUUUCCGAAAGCCUGCGCGACAGUCGAGAGUUCGGUCCAAGAAUGCCCGAUUUCAGAAUCCGCAUGCAUCAAAGUCCUCCAUUCUUGUCCAAGCUCAUCGGAGACACGCUGCGAUUCCUCGGACUGAGCAUAAUCCGCGCUGUCCAGCAUCCGGUGCGCAAAUGUGAAGUACUUGUCAACCCAGGCCUGGACCCGUUUCGACUCUUCGCCACGCAGAGAGGAUACAAAUAUCUGCGCCUUUUCCAUCACGGCGUCAACAGAAGAUUGAGGCGAUGCAAAUCGAUCCAGCAGCGUCUUAAUACCAGUGAGGGCGUGGUGGAUGUGCUGGUCGGGUGAAGGGUCGUCAAUCAAGGUAUCCAGAUCUAAACGUUGAGAGCGGCUAGAGUCGAGCGCGCGCGCGACCCAUUUGUGGAGAGUAUCGAAGAGAACAGUCAAGUGAUCAUGAUAUGCGGGGUCUUCUUGAGCUCUUCGAAGUGC